AUGGUAAGUAAGCCUAAUGUUUCAGAAACUAAAAGGGCAAUCGACAAAUACCAUAAUGAGGUUACCAGGUUAACUUGUGGUGAUCUCUUCAUGAGAGAGGAUUAUAAUACCUCUAUCAAAAUUGUUCGGGAUAUUCAUACCGACAUUUAUAAGGUAUUUUCAGAAGAAAGCUUGAUAUAUUUUGUGAAUAUGGAUGAUUUUAGUCAAGAUGAUGACACCUACUUGGGAGAUCAAUUGAACUCUAUAUUGGACGAGAUAUGGUCCAAAAUUCAAAAACCUCUAUUUAUUUGGUUCCAAGCUUGGAAGCAAUCUCUGCCAAAAGAAAGAAAAGGUCAGAGGAAAGUUUUUGUAGAGAGGAGGAAACUAUUAUACAGAUUGAAACGUUUAUUUAAAAUUAUGCAUAGAUUUUAUUAUGCUAUUAUCGAGAAAUUCGUAAUCGAUUUUAAUAUAGGUGGGUUAAUUCCAACUCAAAUAAUUCAAGAGCUCAAUAUUGAUGUGUCGUUCAAAAUAGAUAAUCCAACUAAUGUAUUACAGAUUGAUCAAACAAGAUCUGCAAUACUUACAGAGACAAUUUAUCAGUGCAUUUUCUAUAUUGGUAAGAUCCACUAUUGGCAAGUACUGUUAGAAACAAGAGAGAAAAACAUUUCCAUUGGAAAAUUUCACAAAUCAAAACGUUACUUAGAAAUGGCAAGUUUGUUAUUACCAUCUUAUGGGAAGACAUAUUCGCAAAUCUCAUUGCUGUAUUUGAAAUCGAAUAAUGCAUUUAUGGCACUGUAUUAUUCUAUUAGAGGUCUUGGAGCCAGGAUACGACAUAAGCACAGCAUGCUUAUAUUUAAGAGUAUUCUCAGUGAAAGAGUCAUUGAUAAAUCUUUGGAUGACACAGAUGAAAUACGAAGAAUGAAAAUUGAGGAGGCUUUUUUAUUGAUUUUAAAAUAUUAUUUCUAUAAUAAUCAUUCUAAAACAAUAAUUGUAAAUAAAAUUAACCACUUCUUUUUCACAGAUGAUAAAUUAUCUGAAGGACCUAAUAAAGAUGGUACAAUUUUCAAGAUGAUUAUAAUACUUGCAGGUUGUCUCCAUGAACGGAUGCCAAAAGAUGGUACAAGAAUGAAAUCAUUUGAUGUAAGUACGUUAACUGAAAAGCAAAAACGAUAUUUAAAUUGGUCAUUUGAUUUUGCCUCUAAAAUUUUCGGUUCUAUAAUUGUUAGGAAUUGUAAGGAAAAGUUUAGUUCUGAAACAGGCUCAUUAGGUACCUUAAGAUUUAUAAUGUGUUGGAUUAAAUCAAACAAACCUUUAUUACAAUAUACACAUCGAAAUGAAGGUAUUUGUAAGAUUUUGGCAGAAUCUGUUAAUACACUCCACAAUUAUGAUAUAUUUGGGAUAAAUGUAUAUGCUGAGCAUCGUCCCGAACGACCUUAUUUAUUUCCAGAAGAUAUUUUGGUUCGUGAAUUGUCAUAUAUUAGAUAUCGAUUAAGUGAUUUUAAUGAUAAGAAUAUUUUUGAACAUAAAGAUAUUCUUAAUCAACUAUUUGAUGGCCCACGAGAGUCAACAAAGCUCUCAGCUUAUUCAGAAAAUUUAUCAAGAUUAACAGCAAUUAUUUUAAGUAUAAUAAAAUUUCUGACUAAUAAUAAACUUGGAAUAAAAUGGAAUUUGGAGUGUAAAAAAUUUGAAUUUGAUUCAACUACAUUUGAACCAAUUAAAAAAGAGAGAGAAAUUAUUUCAUUAGAUGAAGUAGUUGAUUCAUAUCAAAGAAAAAUUCACGGAAGUAAUGGUAAAAUGAAACAAGUUAUUGAUAUAAACACUUUAAUCAAUGAACUUAGUCCCAGGAGGAAGAAACAGAGAGAACAACGGGUACAAGAUGUCUCUCCGAGAAGGCUAAAGUUCGAAGAUGAAUUGACGCCACAAGUACAGGGGUCAACUGGUGAAAAAAUUAUUCACAACGGCAUAGAUUUAAUACAAGAUCAAUUAUUAUCAAGUGAUGAAGACGAUGCGGGCAAUCUAGUAGUAUCAGUUGAAGAGUCUCUUCUAUCAUCGCUUAUUAAUGACGGGGAUGCACCUUCUCUGGAUGAGCGAGACAAAUAUUUUGAUAUGGAGGCUUCUUCAAUUUUGGAUAUGGACAAUCUGAUUAACGAACUAUAG